AUGGGGAACCAAACUGCUCCAAUGCAAUUUGUUUUGACAGGAUUCUCAAAAGAUCCAGAUAUUCAGAUUUUUUCUUUUGUCCUGUUUCUAAUAAUUUAUCUAAUCGGAUCAUUGGGAAAUUUGCUGAUUUUCUUCAUCAUAUGGCAUGUUACUUAUCUCCAAACACCUAUGUAUUUCUUUAUUAAGCAUUUGGCUUUUUUGGACAUGUGUUUUAUCUCAACUAUAGUUCCAAAACUUUUAGUAAGCUCCAUAUCAGAAUGCGUGACCAUUUCUUUUGGUGGAUGUGUAAUUCAGCUCUUUAUUUUUCUGGCUAUGGCAGCUGCAGAGUCCACUCUUCUAGCUGCCAUGUCAUAUGACCGAUAUGUGGCCAUAUGCAACCCCUUACAUUAUAUUUAUAUAAUGAAAAGAGAGGUCUGUAUACAGCUUGCCUCAACUUCAUGGAUAAUUGGUAGUGUCUAUUCUACUACUCACACUGUUAACACGUUCAGAUUAAACUUUUGCAGAUCCAACAUCAUUGACCACUUCUUCUGUGAUCUUCCACCUUUGCUGAAAAUUGCCUGCUCAGACAUUAGACUAAACCAAAGGAUGAUUUUUGUUAUAGGUGCUAUUUUAAUUUUACCAUUUUUCCCUUUAACAGUAGUGUCGUAUGUGUUCAUUAUUCGCACUAUAGUGAGGAUACCCUCUGCAACAGGACGUAGAAAAACAUUUUCAACUUGUGCUUCUCAUUUGAUCACUGUAUCAUUUUAUCUCACUGGUAUAUCUGUAUACUUACGGCCCAAUUUCACUUCUACUGCUUUACAUCAGGGUAAAAUUAGUGCUGUAUUUUAUACUAUUCUUGUUCCAAUGGUGAAUCCAAUUGUAUAUAGUCUGAGAAAUAAGGAGUUAAAGCAAGCAAUAAAAAAGAUCAUUACAGGGGGGAAGCCAAUUGGGAAGACAAAAGAAUCCUGCAAUUAA